AUGCAUACAUUCAUAUCUAGAAAUUAUAAGAAACAUUAGCAUCUUUAUUCACUACAUCAGCCAUUAUGGCUUUGCAGCAAAGAUUACAAAAGAUUGUGACAGGGUUAAAAAACAGAAAUGAAGAAGUGCGUGGGAAAUAUGCUAACACAUUGCAGCAUUUUGUAACAACUGAACUACGUGAAGCAACAUCUGAUCAGUACCCUGAAUUGAUGGAGCAGCUUGUGCGGUUCAUUUAUGACUUAGUAAAUAGUGCAGAUGUAAAUGAGAAAAAGGGAGGAAUCCUGGCCAUAGUUGGACUAAUUGGUGUUGAUGGUGGAAACGCAACAAGAACAUCACGUUUUGCUAAUUAUCUCCGUAAUAUGCUGCCAUGUAAUGAUGUGAGUGUGAUGGAAAUGGUUGCCAAAGCAGUUGGCAGACUAGCACAAGUUGGUGGCACCUUCUCUGCUGACUAUGUAGAAUUUGAAGUCAAAAAAGCUCUAGAAUGGCUUUCUGGUGAUCGCCAUGAAGGUAGAAGGCAUGCAGCGGUUUUGGUAUUAAGGGAACUGGCUGUCAAUGCUCCAACUUUCUUCUUUCAACAUGUACAAUCAUUUUUUGAUCAUUUUUACAAUGCAGUCCGAGAUGUCAAGCCUGCUAUACGUGAAGGGACAGUUGAAGCCCUGAGAGCUUGUUUUGCAAUAAUUGCACAAAGAGAAACAAAGAAGAACCAUUAUACUCAUUGGUAUCAGCAAGUGUAUGACGAGGCUAAAAAAGGUUUUGAGGACCUUGCAAGCACAAAAGAACGUGGUAAUGUUUUGACUAGGGAAGAUAAAGUACAUGGAUCUCUACUUGUUAUGCAAGAGUUGAUCAGAAAUAGUAGCAGUGAAGGAGAGAGAUUAAGACAACAAAUGGAGGAUGUUUAUGCAGAAAAACAAAUCCAAACAUCUAGAAGCAGGGAGUUUACAAAGCCCACACGGUUUUUGUCCCACCAAAGCCAUCACCAUCAACACCAAAUGUCAAUAAUGCCUUUGCUUGAAAGUGGAGGACAUCAUAUACCACAUUCACAAAGCAGAUUUUGUAAAGAAUUUAUGGACUUAAAGUUUGAUGAAGUUUGUACUUUGGUUUUGCGACACAAAUCUUCCAAAAGUAGUCUGGUCCAGCAUACACUCCUGACAUUUCUGCCACAGCUUGCUGCUUUUAAAUCCAAGGUUUUUGUAAAGAAACAUUUACCAGAGACAAUAAUAUUUAUGAGUGCUUCAUUAAAGAAGGAUCGUGAACGAUCAGCAGCAUUUGAGGCUAUUGGUUUGUUGGCUGUUGCUGUCAAGAGUGAUAUUAUACCUCAUUGGAGGCACUGGCAUGGUGUUUUAGAAAGCAUAAAAAUAUUAUUACCUAACAGGGAACCUGGUCAUAGAAAAAAAACAAAUCUGGUUGAUCCAAUGGUGUUUGCUUGCGUAAGUAUGACGGCUAGGGCUGUUGGUCCAAAAAUGGCAGGAAAAGAUCCUAUCUUUAAAGAGAUUAUCGACCAAAUGCUUGGUGUUGGCUUGAGUCCUGCACUUACAGCUGCAUUAAGAGAUCUUGCAACGAUCAUACCCGCAUCUAAAAAGACCAUACAGGAUGGACUGUUGAAUAUGCUUUCCCAAAUAUUGAUGCACCGUCCUCUGCGUCACCCUGGUGUACCAAAAAGUGCUAUGAUUGCACCAACACCUUCUGGAUCUAGUCAUUUCUCAUUUACAGAUGAUGAUGUAUCAAUGACAACUCUAGCAUUGCGAACUCUGGGGACAUUUGAUUUUGAAGGAAAUACAUUAACACGAUUCAUCAGUCAUUGUGCAGAUAACUUUCUGUCGAGUGAACACAAAGAUAUCAGAAUUGAAGCAGUUCGAACAUGCUCUUACUUGUUAACACCAACAUUACAUCCAAUGGUAGUUCCCAAUGCACAAGUUAACUAUCCAAUCAGUUCUUCUGGACAACAAGUUGUCUCUGAGGUUUUAAGUAAGCUUUUGACUGUUGGAAUAACUGACCCAGAUCCUGACAUCAGGUUUUGCGUUUUGUCUUCACUUGAUACAAAGUUUGAUGCUCAUUUGGCACAGGCAGAGAAUUUGCAAGCUCUUUUCAUUGCUCUAAAUGAUGAAGAAUUUGAAAUAAGAGAAUUAGCGUUAUGCACAAUUGGACGGUUGUGUAGUUUUAAUCCUGCAUAUAUUAUGCCUUCUCUCAGAAAGACACUUAUACAGAUUUUAACCGAACUUGAAUACAGUGGAAUGGGCCGUAACAAAGAACAGAGUGCAAGAAUGUUGGCAUAUCUUGUUUCUAAUGCACCAAGAUUGAUUCGUCCUUACAUGGAGCCAAUUUUGAAGGCUUUAGUACCUAAACUGAAGGAUCAAGAUCCAAAUCCUGGUGUUGUUACUAGUGUUCUGGCUGCAAUUGGAGAGCUGGCACAAGUUAGUGGUGUGGAAAUGCGAAAAUACAUUGAUGAGUUAUUUCUUGUUAUCAUUGACAUGUUGCAAGAUGCAUCUUCAUUAGCAAAGAGAGAGGUUGCACUUUGGACACUGGGACAGUUAGUUGAAAGCACUGGGUACGUUGUUGAACCAUACAAAAAGUAUCCUAACUUGUUAGAAGUGUUGUUAAACUUUCUAAAAACAGAACAAUCGCCUGGUAUUCGAAAGGAGGCAAUUCGUGUUCUUGGCCUUCUUGGUGCUUUGGAUCCUUACAAGUAUAAAGAGAUAUGUGUUGGUGGUAAAGAAGCCAAUGCUAUUGCACUGUCUAGUGAACCAGCUGGUAACUCGAAUGACAGCACUGAGGCCACAGAAACCAGCACAAGUGAAAUGCUGGUAACAAUGGGCAGUGCACAUUUAGAAGAGUUCUAUCCUGCUGUAGCCAUUGCUGCUUUAAUGAGGAUUAUGAGAGAUCCGGCUCUCUCUGCACACCAUACAACAGUCAUACAAGCUGUUCAUUUCAUUUUUAACAAUCUGGGCAUGAAAGGUGUACAGUAUCUGCCUCAGCUGAUGCCGUCAUACUUAAACGUCAUUCGAACAUGUGAGCCUGCAUUUCGAGAGUUCAUUCUACAAAUGUUGGGGAAGUUAAUUUCCGUGGUUAAGCAGCAUAUUCGUAAUUACCUGGAUGAAAUAUUUGAUCUAAUCAAGGAAUAUUGGGUGGUUACCAGUCUUGUUACUCUUCAGAAUACUAUUAUUGAUUUAAUUGAACAGCUUGCUGGUGCACUGAGUGGAGAAUUUAAGUUGUACCUUCCACAAAUUUUGCCACAUAUGUUGAAGGUGUUUAUCAAUGAUAGAAGUGAGCAAAGAACCGUUACGUGCAAGCUUUUAGCUGGUAUACAAAAAUUUGGACAAAGUUUUGACGAUUACUUACAUUUGCUUAUACCACCUGUUGUUAAACUAUUUGACAGCGCCGAUGCACCGAAAGAAGUUCGACAAGCUUCUUUGGAGACACUUGGCAAACUAUGCGAAUGUGUAGACCUGCGUGAAUAUGCAGCAAGGAUUAUUCAUCCAUUAAUAAGAGUUUUGGAUUUGUCACCAGAUCUUAGACCUGUUGCUAUGAAUACUCUUACCCAAAUAGUGACCCAGAUGGGAAAGAACUUUUCUAUUUUUAUCCCUGCAGUGUACAAGGUACUUGCGAAGCAUAGAAUAACACAUCAAAAAUAUGAAUGCAUUGUCACACGAAUUCAAAAGAGUGGUGUUUCACUUGAUUAUGAUCCAGACCCUUUGCAACGAAGAAAGCAAAACUCCAAAUCUGGCUCACAAGAUGAUCAAGGAGUUCCAGCGGCGUCUGAUGGUUUAAGAAAGCUGCAUGUUAGUGCAAAUAACCUUCAGAAGGCCUGGGUUGCUGCAAGACGUGUGUCCAAGGAUGAUUGGAUGGAAUGGUUACGUCGGUUGAGUGUUGAAUUACUAAAAGAGUCACCUUCGCCGGUACUACGGUCUUGCCAGGUUUUGGCGCAAGAAUACAAUCCACUAGCAAGGGAUUUAUUUAAUGCAGCUUUUGUUUCCUGUUGGUCAGAAUUAACUGAAGAUCAACAAGAUGGACUUGUAAACAGUUUAGAACAAGCCUUAAAAUCACAGAACAUUCAGCAGAUUACACAAACACUUUUAAAUUUAUCGGAAUUUAUGGAACACUGUGAGAUAAAGGGAACAUUUUCGUUGAACAUUGAAUUACUUGGUGAAUGCGCCACAAAAUGUUUAGCAUACGCAAAAGCUCUUCACUAUAAAGAAAUAGAAUUUUCAAAUCAUGUGACACUGGAGGUGUUAGAAUCGCUUAUUAGCAUAAACAAUAAGCUCCAAAAUCCUGAAGCAGCCAAUGGUGUACUUGUAUAUGCUACAAAAAAUUCGAAAGUAGAUAUUAAAGUUCAACAGCGUUGGUUUGAAAAACUUCACGAUUGGGAGCAUGCGUUAGAUGCUUACGAAACAAAACAUGAGCAAGACCCCAAUGAUCAUGAUCUUCUACUUGGUCGCAUGAGAUGUCUGGAGGCACUUGGGAAAUGGGGUGAACUAAAUAAGCUCGCUUGUGAAAACUGGCAAGGCGUUAGUGACGAUAUUCGGCAUAAGAUGGCUCGGACUGCUGCAUCUGCUGCAUGGGGUCUGGGUGAAUGGGAAAGCAUGGAAGAAUACACUCUGAUGAUACCAAGAGAUAAAGUUGAAGGUGCAUUUUUUCGUGCAGUGUUAGCACUGCACCAAAACCAUUUUACAAGAGCUCACAGUUGUAUUGAUAGUGCGCGUGAUAUGCUCGAUACAGAACUUACAGCUAUGGUUGGCGAGUCGUAUAAUAGAGCUUAUGCUGCUAUGGUAACAGUACAAAUGUUAUCGGAGUUAGAAGAGGUGAUUGAGUAUAAAUUACUACCUGAUCGAAGGGAAUCGAUCAAACAGUCUUGGUGGGACCGUUUGCAGGGUUGUCAACCUAUCGUCGAAGACUGGCAGAAAAUCAUCAAGGUUCAUUCACUUGUGUUGACACCUCAAGAAGAUAUGAGGACGUGGCUGAAGUAUGCCAGUUUGUGCAGAAAAUCUGGACAGUUGGCCUUGUCGCAUCAAACACUGGUUAUGUUGCUAGGAGUGGAUCCGGCUAAAAGUCCUGAACAACCAAUUCCUUCACUGUAUCCUCAAGUUACCUUUGCUUACAUGAAACACAUGUGGAAGUCUGGACAGAGGGAUGAUGCAUUCCGCCAUUUACAUCACUUUGUUCGUGCAACAUUGAGACCUCAAGUAACUCAAGUCUCUCAGCCUGUCGGCGAUGAUUUGGACUGCGACAAAAAGCAGAAUUUGACUUGCUUACUAGCGAAGUGUUACAUGAAAUUGGGCGAUUGGAUGACAACUAAUCAAGGGAUUAAUUCAAACACAAUAACAGAGAUUCUUCAGUAUUACGCAGCAGCUACAGCAAACGAAAGCAAAUGGUACAAGGCGUGGCAUUCAUGGGCGUUGAUGAAUUAUGAGAGUGUUUUAUAUUACAAGAACAACCAAGCACCUGCCGCCGAACCACCGGCUGCUGCGUCACCACCUGGUUCACCAAGAAAAACACAAGUUACCGAUUCUGUUCAUAUUUACACUGUCCCAGCUGUGCAAGGUUUUUUCCGCUCAAUCUCACUUUCAAAAGGAAACUCACUUCAGGAUACACUGAGGUUGCUUACACUAUGGUUCGAAUAUGGACAUUGGCCAGACGUGAACACAGCCUUAGUUGAAGGUUUAAAAACUAUUCAAAUAGAUAACUGGUUACAGGUAAUACCGCAACUGAUCGCAAGAAUUGACACACCUCGUCAAUUAAUUAGUGGACUGAUUCACCAGCUCUUAUCUGAUGUCGGAAAACAACAUCCACAGGCUUUGAUUUAUCCUGUAACUGUUGCGUCAAAGUCAGCCAGUGUCGAUCGUCGUGAAGCAGCCAAUCAAAUCCUUACAAAUCUGGGCGAGCACAGCCCUGCACUUGUUCAACAAGCGAUGAUGGUGAGUGAAGAACUCAUUCGAGUGGCCAUCUUAUGGCAUGAGUUAUGGGCUGAAGGUCUAGAAGAAGCAUCUAGGUUGUACUUUGGUGAACGGAACAUCAAAGGGAUGUUUACUGUUUUGGAUCCGUUGCACCAAAUGAUGGAGCGUGGUCCGCAGACGCUGAAUGAAACAUCUUUUCAACAGGCCUAUGGUCGAGAUCUAAUGGAAGCACAAGACUGGUGUAGAAAAUAUCAGAAAACUGGCAGCGAUAAGGAUCUGACGCAAGCUUGGGAUCUCUACUAUCAUGUUUUUAGAAGAAUCUCGAAGCAGUUGCCACAGCUCUCUUCACUGGAACUUCAAUACGUUUCGCCCAAGUUACUCUCGUGUAGAGACCUGGAGUUAGCUGUUCCUGGAACGUAUGAGCCAGAUAGACCAAUCACACAAAUCAAACAAAUUAGCACAACGCUGAAUGUGAUCACGUCAAAACAGAGACCAAGAAAAUUGAGUAUUACUGGUAGCAACGGAGCCGAGUUUAUGUUUUUGUUGAAAGGACAUGAAGAUCUUCGGCAGGAUGAACGUGUCAUGCAACUCUUUGGUUUAGUGAAUACGUUGUUAGCAAACGAUUCUGUUACAUUCAAAAGACACUUGAGUAUCCACCGUUAUGCUGUUAUUCCGCUCUCCACAAAUUCUGGGUUGAUUGGCUGGGUGCCUCAUUGCGACACUCUUCAUACGUUGAUUCGAGAUUAUCGAGACAAAAAGAAAAUUCUUCUCAACAUCGAGCACCGAAUAAUGUUGCGUAUGGCGCCUGAUUACGAGCAUUUGACCUUGAUGCAGAAAGUUGAAGUGUUCGAGCACGCGCUUGCGAACACACAUGGUGAUGAUUUGGCGAAAGUUUUGUGGCUGAAGAGUCCAAGCUCCGAGGUAUGGUUCGAUCGAAGAUUAAAUUACACUAGAUCAAUCGCAGUUAUGUCUAUUGUUGGAUAUGUGCUUGGUCUUGGAGAUAGACAUCCUUCCAAUCUGAUGUUGGAUCGUAUGUCUGGCAAAAUACUUCAUAUUGAUUUUGGCGAUUGCUUCGAGGUUGCAAUGACACGAGAAAAAUUCCCCGAAAAGAUUCCAUUCAGACUGACAAGAAUGCUGAUCAAUGCUAUGGAGGUUACUGGAAUUGAUGGCAACUAUCGAAUGACGUGUGAAAGUGUGAUGCGCGUUCUUCGUGAGAAUAAAGACAGCUUGAUGGCUGUGUUAGAAGCGUUUGUGUACGAUCCGUUAUUGAAUUGGAGGCUAAUUGACACUCAAAAAGAAAAACGAUCAAAAGGCAGACCUGAAUCUUAUGCACAACACAAUGAAGGAAAUGAAUUUCAUGAAGCCUACGACCGAACACAUGAUCGACCACGUGGCAAAAAACCAGCGGCGGGUGCAGCAGAUAACCCGCAACAAGACGCUGAGUAUGGAAACAAGCCAGAAGCUGUAAACAAACGAGCCUUACAAAUUGUUAAUCGAGUCAAAGAUAAAUUAACUGGACGUGAUUUUAAUAAAGACGAAGCCAUAGAGGUGGAAAAACAAGUUGACUUGCUUAUCCAACAAGCUACUUCACAUGCAAACUUAUGCCAAGCUUACAUUGGCUGGUGUCCGUUCUGGUAACGUUAGGAAGCAAAUUAAAGACUUGACAUGACUUUUGAAAGAACUGCCACGACAAAAAAAUCCUUCGUUGCGAUACUUGAUUCGAUCGAUUCUUGUAGCAUGCUCGUUUUCUACAAAUAGUAAAAAUAUGCACAAAUUACCUUGUGAUAUUUGCAGUCAGAAAUAUUGUCCGAGGACUUUCUAUACUAAACCAUACCAAUUUUAAAAAAUGUACUGUAAGUUUGCAGUAUUUUUUUCCAUAAUUACUAAUGACAUAUUUGCCCACAAUAAAAAGUAAAGAUUUAAAAUUUAUAGGAUUGUAAAUACUGUUGUUGUUAGGCCGUGAAUCUGCGGGAAUUCGCCGUCGCUAUUCGCAGCUACCAUUUUA